AUGGCUUCAUUUCCAGCAGGUCCCGAUUUGAGGAUUGUGAUGAUUGGAAAAACUGGUGUGGGUAAGAGUGCUGUUGGGAACACCAUCCUGGGAUGUGAGCGUUUCAGAUCUUGUCCUUUGUCUGUAUCAGUGACUGAGUUUUGUGAAAAAGGUGUGACACAGUGGGGUAACAGAGUAGUUAGUGUUGUAGACACACCAGGGAUCCUGGACACCUCAAAAUCAGAUGAGUUCAUCAAAAGUGAAAUCGUUAAAUGUGUUGAAGUCUCCUGUCCCGGUCCUCAUGUGUUCCUGUUGGUCAUCCAAAUCGGCCGAUUCACGAGAGAAGAGAAAAACUCAGUGGAAGCCCUGCAGGAGCUGUUUGGCCCCGAGGCAAACAAGUACAUGAUUGUGCUCUUCACCCGAGGUGGUGAUCUUGGAGGCAUAUCCAUAGAGCAGUAUGUACGUGAUGCUGAGCCAGGGCUAAAGCGCAUCAUCCAAAGCUGUGGAAAAAGGUACCACGUCUUUGACAACACCAGCAGCGACAGAAGGCAGGUGGUGGAGCUCAUCAAGAAGAUCGACAAAAUGAUGGUAUUAAAUAAGGGCACGCACUACACAGACGCCAUGUAUAAAGAGGUGGAGGAAGCACGCAAAAAGGGAGUAACACUGCAGCAGUACAAGUUCACUGAGCCAUUGUGUAAACGUAUCAAACUUUUUCGCAUCAUUCUUGGGAAAGAUUAA